AGUUGGGGUAUAUAAACUACAGGGCCGGGCAUUUACCCCAAGACCAAUGCAGUGUGAUCACUGUAGAGCUUUUGAACAUGUUUCAAAUCAAGUGUUUGCAGAAGGGGAGAUGUGGAAAUUGUUUUAGAAGUGAUGAAAAUGUAACAUGUUGCAAUUGUAGUGGGAACCAUGAAGCUUCUUUGGAAUGCCCGACCAGGGUAGAAGAGAAUUUGGCCAAAAUCCGGGUUUUCCAAAGCAUUUCAUAUGCAGCGGCUGUUAAGUGUUCGAAUGGUACUCCUAAAGACUCCAUGGUGUCAUGGUGGCGGAUAGGCCUUUGCUGCAGGGGUUGCCUUUCACCAACAGGACUUAUAUGUUAAGAAGGUGGACUGUGUGGCCUUCAUAGCUAUGGUGAUUAAUGGCACUACCAAGGUGGAGAGGAAAUUCCAGAAAAUAGAUAUCAUUGUGGAUGCGGCAGAGCGGUUCUAGGGACUGAAAGACUUCUCCGCGGAGGAGUUGCAUGGAGUAUUGUCACCAGCCAUAUCACCCUCUCAGGUCCUAGAGCCUGAGAAGGGAAAUAUGGAGAUUUGAAAGAAAGAAGUGGGAGUUUUUAGGGCUCUAUUUCACGUUCUUAGAGGAACAGGACUAAUGAGGACAAUUUAAUGUAGUUAGGCCGUGACUGGCCUUACACUCCUGGUACAGUAGGUGGCGAUGUAUGCACCUUGAAAGUUGGAUACGAUCCGCCAACCCAAUCCUGAAGAAGAGAAAGCAGGAGAAACCAGCGUGUUUUUACGCCUAAAAUUAACAAACUCUUAUGACCAAAGUCAGUGUAAUAGAUACAGAAUAGCAACCUCGAGCGUUGCAUGUUUUCUGUCUGUAUUGCUAGAUAAUCACUUGUUAUUGUAACCUUGUCGUUAACUUACCCAGCAAUCUAAAAAGAAACGCUUUAUUAGCCUAGCUAGCUACAAAGUUGUCUACAAAGUUGGCUUGGGAAGUGAGCUAAAGCUAGCUAGCCAUUCUAAGUAUAAAAAUCGACCUAACUUCGAACGGGACAAUAUGGCAACUAAGAAGUCAUCUGAAAUGGACAUCUUCCUUUCCUUCUCCUCCCUACGCCUCCUGGCCCCUCCCAUCCGGCUGGUCUCUGCUGCCAUGUGGAAGGUGAUGAAGCAACGUGAUGUGAUGCAUUAUGGGACGCUGGAGGAGUUUGUGACAUCCUGCUGUGAGACUGUCCCUGGCCUGCUCACAUCUAGACACCAGGCCAAGCUGGCUCUGGGGCUGAGAUCACGGCUGAUCUUAGAGCUGUGCAAUGGCUCAGACCCACCAGAUCCAGCGGUUAUCCUUACCCAGCUGGAAAGAAUCCGUGGCCCCAACCCGUCCUCUGCCCUGAAAAAGGAUGUGAAGAUUGAAACAGCAGUGACCAACCUCCGGGACCUGGUUGAAAGCUUUCUGAAAGAACCCACAGAGAGAGAACUAUUCUACAAGGUGGAGUUUCUGUCAGAGUAUGGGCCUCAGUUUGACCAGGAGCUGGAGAAACUGCUGUGGGAGUUCCUGCUCCGACUGGACCAGCUUCUCCCAGUGCCCAACCUGGCUCAGACGGUGUCGUGGCUCACUGCUGCCCCUCCUGUCCUGGAGGAGUGUGCGCAGGCUGCCUCCCAACCCCAGCUCCUGAGGACCCUGCUCCAGCACCAGAUCUGCCUGGGACACCUGGAUUCUGCAGCUUCUCUCUCUCCGUGUAUGGGUGACUACCUCCUCUCAUCACUCUCUCUCCCUCCCUCUGGAAGAGUGCAGCAAAGCGUCAAAUCAAGAUCUAAGCCUGCCUCGGUUUCCACCCCAAGCCCUCUGUCUUUAACCCCAUUAACUGAUUACAGACAAACAAACUUGUCAUUGCCCGUCGCACCUGUGAUUGGCGGGAUUUGCAACGAAGACCUUCCAGUCAUGGCUUCAGCCAAUAAGAGGGCAAGAACUUUCCAGGAAGAUGUUGUUAUCCAAUCGGUUUCAAGAGAUGUGGAGGAGGACGCUGAGUCAACAGAGAGGUCAAAAUAUACAUGGGUCAAAAGCAGAGAAGAGGAAUCCGAAGAGGACGAGGAGAUCAUGGUCAUGAGAAGAGGGAGGAAGAGGAGGAGUGUGAGAGACAGAGGGAGUGAAAGAGUGCUCAGGAGAGGGUGUGGGGGGGAGUUUGUUAGAGAUGGAGAGACUGAGAGAGACCUUCUUAGGGACUGUUUGGUCCAGUUGGGGAUCGCAAACCUCAAGGUUCCGGAAGACCAUCGCCUCUAUUCUUACAUCACAGCCUGUCUGCUCAACAAACCCAGGGUGCUCAUCCCCCGACUGAUUUCAACAGACAUCCCUGCUCUUUUGAAGUCACAACCUCCUUCCUGCAGCAACGGGACACCAACAGCAGGGGAAGGGAGCUCUCUAUGGGGACAGAGGCCCAAGUUGCCCGGCGAUAACUGCAUGUCGGCUUCCUUCGACCUGGCAACGGAAGUUGAGUGACAGGUCAUUGACCCUAGAUAUGGGGCUUCCAGCAUCAGCUGACAAAGAGUAAGAUAAAUACAGGUGCUGAUUUAAACAACCAAGGAUACUUUCCUAUACUAGCCUGGUUGCCAGAUCUGGCUGUGCUUUCUUUAGUAAAAUGAUGUUGUUCAUUCAUCGUUCCAUACGUUCAUCAUCUCAUACAUGUAAGUGGAAUGAUGGCACACAACUGUAAUUGUUUAAAUCAGCAACGGAUCGAGCAAUCAGGCUAGUCAAAUACCCACUAGUACUACAGUUUUUUAUUUUUUUAAAUUGCUUUUAUGCUAUUUUCACAAGUAUGUCGUGAAUUUUCAAAAGGCUUCGUACAAAACUUCGAACUGGUAACACUUGUAACGCAGAAAAUCUCAUAUUCAAAACUUCAUUCUAAGUUCAUUUUGAAGAAAACUUUCACCACACAAGGUGCUACACCUUGAAUUUCUCUCCUAUGUGGAAGCUAGGUGAAAAUAAACUUGGAUUUAAUGCGGGCCAAACGAAAUCUGUUCUCUAAUUCACUGAUACAUUUAUGAUGGUCUACAUAUUCACUCUUUGGAUGGCUCGUAUCAUCAAGUGGGUUCCCGCCUAUAAAUAUCUCAGUGUCUGGAUUGAUAAAUAUCUGAGUGUCUGGAUUUAUAAAUAUCUGAGCAUCUGGGUUGAUAAAUAUCUCAGUGUCUGGAUUGAUAAAUAUCUGAGCGUCUGGAUUUAUAAAUAUCUGAGCGUCUGGGUUGAUAAAUAUCUGAGCGUCUGGGUUUAUAAAUAUCUGAGCGUCUGGAUUUAUAAAUAUCUGAGCGUUAAAAAAUAAAAAUUUGUUAAACGUACAGAUGCACUACACAAAGAGCUAAGAUUUAAAGGGGUUUUCUUUUUAGAAAUAGAUCGUGCCUCUCCAUGAACGGCAGGAAGCAUAUUGUACAGUCAUCUUCUCUGCCAGUUCUUGACUACGGUGACACCAUUUACCAGAAUGCAGCAGCCACUACUCUUAAACCAUCGAAUGCCGUCUACCAUAGCGCCCUUCGCUUUAUUACAGGUGAGGGCUUUUUAAUACUCAUCACUGCAUCCUGUAUCAGAAGGUCAGCAGGACCUUGGUUGGUUAAUUCUUUGAGGUCCCACUUGUCUCCACAAACUUAUUUUUUGUUGUGUAUUUUACCAAAUUUUUCUCAAUUUUAAUUCUGUUCACGAUCCGGUUGUGUGAGAGCCUGGGAUCGAUAGGGCAGUUUAAAACUAAGUGUGCAAUUGCUUUAAUGAACUAUUAUAACUUGUUAAAAUAGCCUGAUGUGUUGUUUUGAUUACAUUUUUGUCCCCAGGGCACAAUUGCAAAUGAGACACCAGUCUCAAUUGGGCUCCCCUGAAUAAAAUACAAGUACUUAUUUGAA